UCUGUGCUGUGCUUUCAUCACGCGUGUGUAUCUAUUUUUAACCGUACUGGGAUUUACUUUCGUUUUGAAAGCCAAAAUUGCAGAGCUCACCAGACGGCAUAUUUGGGGAUUCAUCCUCAUAGGGGUAAUUUGUGGUAACUACUUGAUGCCAGUUUUGUUGACUGUAGUGAGAAACUUUUGCAGAGCCAUGAGUACAUACACACCUGGAACACAUUCUAUGGCCUUUGUCACAGUACCUGAUCUUGAAGUUGCCAAAAAACUCUCUCAUGGUAUAGUGAAGAAUAAGUUAGCAGCAUGUGUCAAUAUUAUACCAGGCAUUACAUCUGUUUAUGAAUGGGAAGAGAAAAUCAAUGAAGAUGGUGAACUGUUAUUGAUGAUAAAAACAGCAACAGAUAAAGUUGAUGACAUAUCCAAGUUUGUAAGAGAAAAUCAUCCAUAUGAUUGUGCAGAGGUCAUAAGUUCAAAGAUUGAUAAUGGUAACCCACCAUAUCUGAAAUGGAUCAGUGAUAUUGUAGGUGUAUCUGACAAGAAACCAAAGCUUGACAGCUGACUCUGACAAUAUGCAAUUGAAAAGGAUGUUGCAUGUUGUGUAAUGAAUAAAUCAUGCUUCAAAAUUAUUGUUCAAUUUGUUUUAGGCCCAUGCCACUAAGUGGUUGAGGCAUAUUGUAUUACUUUUGUCCAUGAUAAUGUUAUUUUCUUCUUUUUAAUUCAAACAGUGGUUUGUUAUUCCCCGUGGGGGUUUUCAUUUUUUAAUUAGAUGUCUGAUAUAUGUAACAGUGAAUCUUUACAGUGUAAAUAUUCCCUGAAGUAAUUUGAUCCCCAAUGCAUGUGUUUCAGUUCUGACAAAAUGAACACACUAGUGUUAAGAAGGAAUACACUUUUUAUUUACAUGAAAGUUAAGCUUGUAUAUUCUCAACUAACUAGGGAAUAUGAGAUAAGUUGUUUUGCAUGUAUAUGAAGAUUAAAGUUACUUAGAGUCAUUAUCCUUAAGUGUGUUUAUUGGGAGAUCAAUGACUUUGCUUGACAUGUUAGUUAAGAAGUUGUGAAAGGCAUAACAAUUACAAUUGACACUUGCUGAAAUUAAUGGGGGGAAUAUUUCGUAUUGAUUGUAUUCAGUAUCAAAUUAACUAACUUUUAAGUAUGCAAAUGAAAUGUCGACAAGCCACCUAUGGCAUUAUUUAUAGAUUUCAGUUUUAAAUGUAAUGUUUGAAUAAAUUUCCUCACAAAUCUGGAAAGCAAGGUUGUAGAGAUUAAGAAGAGAAUAAUAUUAUUUAAGAUGGAGCUUUAAUGUAAUCAUUCUGUGCUCCUUAAUGUUUCAUACUUUAAACUUGAUAAAACUGAUCUGACAAUACUAAAUAAGUAACUUACGUUUAUUUAGAAUAACAGAUAAGCUUGAAAAGCUAAUAUUUUAUUUCUGGUUUUUUUCUGGUUAAAUGUAUAAAAGUAUUUUGUCAACAGAAUAACACAUACGCUUGAAAAGCUAACAUUUUAUGUCUGUUGUUUUUCUGGUUGAAUGUAUAAAAGCAUUUUGCCAAUAAAAUAUGCCAAAUAUAA